GCUCUCCAGCACCGCCGAUCUCAUCAACGGCCCUCAUCCCUCCUCCCUCGUCAACAACACAAUGGAUCUGGAUCCCACCAUCGGCUUCGAGACAGGACCCAAGAUCACGAUCCUGGAUCUGGACAAUGAGCAAAAGGCGCUGACCUUUGUCCUGUCCAAUACCGACCUGUCGGUGGCAAAUGCCGUCCGGCGAGUGAUGAUUGCCGAUGUGCCGACGAUUGCAAUCGAUCUUGUCGAGAUCGAGAACAACACGACCGUGCUGUCGGACGAAUUCAUCUCACACCGGCUCGGGCUCAUUCCGCUGGUCUCAACGGACGCAUCAAGCAUCGUCUACACCCGAGACUGCAACUGCACGCAAUCCUGUCCCCGGUGCUCAGUGCAGCUCACACUGGAUGUCAAGUGCACGGACGACCGGACUCGGUCGGUGACCUCCCGUGACCUGAUCUCGUCGUCGUCGACCUGCUACCCUGCGCUGCUCAACGAUAACGAUCCCGGUGUGCUGAUCGUCAAGCUUCGUCGCGGACAGGAGAUCAAACUGACGUGCAUUGCGAAGAAGGGAACGGCCAAGGAGCAUGCCAAGUGGUCGCCUGUCACCGGCGUCGCCUUCGAAUACGACCCCCACAACCGACUUCGACACACGACCUACUGGGUCGAGGACGAUGUGAAGAAGGAAUGGCCGCUGAGCGAAUGGGGCAAAACACAAGAUGAGCCGGCCGACGACGAGCCCUUCGACUAUUUGGCAAAGCCCGAUACGUUUUACUUUGGCAUCGAAGGAACCGGCGCCAUUGAGCCCAAGGACGCUGUCGUUGGCGGCCUGAACAUCUUGAUAUCCAAGCUCAAGCUGCUGCAGCGAUGUGUAUCCGACAUCAUGCAGGAGGAGGAGGACGAGAAGAACCGCGCGGGUGGCCAGAGACUUUAUUAAUGCCUCCCGGCCCCGGACCGUGGUGCCGAGGCUGUGUGUGUGCUCGACCUUAUCGGACGACCAGGGAUUGCGAUAAUCCGUGCAUGACGAACGGACCGACAGUGUCUUGGCUACGGCUUGACUAUGGCCGCUGGUUUCUGGAUGAGUUCUUUGCUGAAUAUACGAGAGGCCGUUUGCAGUGUUUCCAGAGUGAACACCAGUCUGCCAUCGCCUAUGAGGAC